AAACAGAUAAACAUCGUAGUCUUAAUUUUAUAGGAAUAAUUCAUUAUAUUAUUUAGUCCUCGUCCUGAUAACUUCUUUAUACAUGAUUUUGCUUUCAUUGUUCACGGAUUUCAAGACUGGAACAUUACUGUACAAAGCAUGGAUACCGUUUGACUAUUCAAUCUCCGCGCUAUACUAUUUUGCAUACUUUCAUCAGCUAAUGACUUUAAUAUUUAUCGGUCUCGUUCAUCCCACGUGUGACAGUUUUAUUUGCGGAUUAUUAUUAUACAUUUGUUGUCAGCUCGAGAUUUUAGAGCAUCGCUUGUCAAACAUCGUGAAUAAUCCAGAAACCUUGCGCGAUUGCGUGCAUCAUCAUAUACGUAUAUUUGAAUACUCAUAUUUGGUGAAUGAAAAGUUUGCCAGGAUAGUUCCUAGCGAAUUUAUAAUGAUCAUAGUGGUAAUGUGCUAUAAUUUAAUUCAUAUGGCUUUGACAUCGUCCGAUACAGUUUCUUAUAUAGAGAAUGUCAUGGUUAUAGCUUGCACCCUGGCACCGAUUUUUUAUUAUUGUUGGUUUGGCAAUGAAGUCAAGCUGAAGAGCAUACAAUUGUCGGAUAAUAUUUAUAAUAUAGAAUGGACAACGCUUAACAACGAUGUAAGGAAGGGUCUCUUAAUGAUCAUGAAUCGUGCAAAAAUACCAAUUGAAUUUACCAGCGCAAAUUUGUUGUCAAUGAAUCUUGACUCAUUCGUGAUGGUGCUCAAGACGUCAUAUUCGCUUUUUAAUGUACUAAUAAAAUCGCAGAAACAGUAAUAUGUAAUACAAAAUUAGAAAUUGUUAUUUAUGUUUAAUCUGU